GAGAUGGUAACGAUCGGGCGGCCCAGCUGAGGCUGUCAGCCAUCGUGUCCAGAGUUCAACCUUUAUUUUGUGUGUUAUUGGCGGACAUACCUCGCCGUCGUAGCUGUGCUCCAGCUCCCGUGGCUGCCCCUCGCCCCUCACUAGUCAUGGCUGUCCAACACUCACGCAGGACUGACGGUUUACUUAUAUAUACGAACUACAAAUAAGACCCCAGCGCCUCUGAAAAUAUAAAAAUUCUUAAUAUUUAAGGGUUGAGGGGGAGGUCCGCCGCUCUAGGCCUAUAGUGUGGCAGUUUCUUAUAGGCCUACCUGCCCUCUGUGUCGCCAAAUAAGGGGAUAAAAUAAUAUGCUUGUGUUACGGAGGUAUCACUAAGUCCCAGAAGGUUGGGAGUUUAUCUAUCUUAUCUAUCUGCUUCUGGAUUUAUUUCCUCCCUUUAAUCACCCUUUCCCCCCCUUGGGCCGCCUCUCCCUCCCUCCCCCCACCCCCACAAGAUCAUGUUUCGACUCCACGGGGACCUAGCCUAGGCCUAGUCUAGGCCGCCAUCACCGCCAUCUAGGCCUAGUCUAGGCCGCCAUCACCGCCAUCUAGGCCGCCAUCACUGCCAUCUAGGCCGCUGCCAUCACCGUCGUCGCCCGGGCCCCCCCAAGACUCCUGUAUUAUGACCGACAUGGUAAAAGCGCGGAACUACGACGAAGACGGAUUUGUUAAGCGAGCGGCUUGUAUAUGUGUCAACGAGGACGAGACGCAGGUGUUGCUGGUGUCUUCACGUCGUGACUCUGAGCUAUGGAUCGUUCCGGGGGGCGGGGUAGAGCCCAACGAGCUUCCAGACAUGGCUGCCAUCAGGGAAGUUCGAGAAGAGGCGGGAGUAUGUGGAAUGUUGGGUCGCUGCCUCGGUGUCUUUGAGGACACACAGGGAGGCCACGACGACUUCUUAAAAACCAAGAACUCUGAGCGUGGUCACCGGACGAGCGUGUAUGUCUUGGUCGUCAAGGAAGAGAUGGAGGAGUGGGACGAGUCCAAAGUCUUUGAGAUGCAGUCAGUUGGGAAACACCCAAUAUUACAGUGGCGCACGCUUUUUACAGGUCGGAAACGGAAGUGGUUCAGCAUGGAGGAGGCGGUGAAACAGCUGGCCAAGCACAAGCCAGUUCAGAGCAGCUACGUCAGUCUCCUCCUGCCCGACCGCGACCACACCACCACCAUCACACACUCACCGUCCAGUUGCCAGAACACCAUCACACCUCCACCGCCCCUCUCCACCAUCAUAGACCACCAGGUGGAAAUGGUCCGGCAGAUGGAACUCGGUUCCGAGAUGGAGAACGACAUCAAGGAAGACGACACGGCAGAAUCGGACGGGGAGCCGAGCAAGAGUCCCGGGUCGUCGCAGGAGGACUUGAGCAAUGGAAUCGUGGCAGAAGACGCUGCCGCCGACACAUAAACACCUGCCAUCCCUCAUUCACCUCAUAAUUACGAUCACUAGUUUCACAUACAUACUGCCAUAUAUUGUUUUAUCAUCUCAUUACCUAAUUUAAAAUGUAUUUUACAUAGUUUCCUAUUUGAUAUUAACAUCCCCUUAAGUCAUUUUCAUAAACUUUUUCAUAAUUGGCUGAAUUUGUUUAAGAUUAAUGACAUUGUUAUCGUAUACACUGCUGACUUUACCAUCGUAAAAAAUUUUUGACCAGAUUUGUUACUAAAAUUCCUUUGUGUGGAGCCCUUUCUCUAAUUCACGUCUCUUUUUUUUUUUUUUUUUUUUCCCCAUCAAUGUUUAAUUUUUCCUUUGUUUAGGUCUUGAACUUAGAUUUAUGUCGACAAAAUUUCGUGUACAGUAGGUCCUUGACUUACAAACACAUUGGGGACCUCCAGAAUUGUGUAUAAUAUUCGUAAUACAGGAAGUCUUCAACUUAGGAACACGUUGGGGACCUGUAUUGUGUAUAAAAAUAUACACAGUACACAAGAUUCUCAAUGUGCUAAUAAGUUGAGAACUAACUGUAAUACUGUGUCUUAUGCCACAGCUUUCCUACUGUGUUUUAUGCCACAGCUUUCCUACUGUGCGUUGUCUUCUGUGAGUCAGUCUUGCCCAGUCAACUCAUUCUACCAACUUUCUCAUUCAAUAUAGGUUUGUAUAUUGUUCUGGAUCUUGUUUUUAAUAUAUAAAGCUAUUCUAUACAGUGGAAUUUUUUGCAAAUGCAGUUGAAAAAAAUGCAGCCAAAAUUAAAUAGCACAUACUAUGGGGGUCUUUUCACAAACUGUUAUAUUUUGGAUAUGCAAUCUUUCAGUUGCAUUUGCAACAACGAAAAUGGCACUACAUAGAUGAGCUUUAUAAGAAUAGACUGCGUUCUUGGUUGCCCUUGUUUACAUCUAUCCUCGUUUCUGUCUUCUUUUGUAUCCUUUAGCUUUUCUCUGUGACAUGAACUGGUCUGAAGCUAUUAACUGUGUCACAAUGUUUGAAAUUUUGUUCGAUAUAAUGUUUAAAUUUAUAUCAAUAAGUUCGAGAAACGAGCCGUUUCCCUGUACAGAUACGCUUAUUUAUUGUUAUUUGUUUAUAAUUGCCGUAAGUUAUCUUAUAGACCUUUUCUGUAGUGCAUUUUUUUGUAACUGCAAUUGAAAAAGUGCAUCCAAAUUUGAAUAAUAUGUGGAAGGGCCUUUAUAGUAUGGGCUAUUCAAGAAAGAACAAAAAAGGCACAAUACCGUGACUGGAACAAUACACAAAUAACCCGCACAGAGAGAGGAACUUAGGACGACAUUUCGGUUCGACUUGGAUCAUUUACAAAGUCCCUCACUCCUUUGUGUUGUGUGACUUUAUAAAUGGUCCAAGUUUCUCUUUAAGUGCAGGUUGUGUAUGUUAUUUUGAAUGCACUUUUUGAACUGCAUUUGCAACUAAAUCACAUUAUAUAGAUUAGCUUUAUAGGAGCUGACUGGACUUGAUUUCAUUCUUGUUUACCCAUGAUCCUAUUGGCCAGAAUGAUCAGUACCAACUCCCGAGGCAUAUCUCACGUGUAUGUCUGUUGCUGUACGUUAAUAUUCUCAAGUUUAGGUUAACUAGUUCCUGGGUAUUAAGAUGUUAACUGUGUUAUAAUUUCCUCUGAAUCUGUGGAGACGCCGAGAGGUUUGAAGAGCGUGUUAUAAUUUUGAGAUGUUUGUGAAAGAUGCUAGAGUAUGGCCCUCACUAGUCAUAGAUAAAAAGCUGCGAACAGCAGUUAUCACUACAGUAUUGUGAAUACUUUGUACACAAUUUUGUAUACUCUGACAUUUUCUUUUUAGUGAAUGUUAAGAAUAAUGAAUAGUGUAAUGAACACUUGUAAAUGCUCAGUAAUAACCCACAUUUGGACAGAAACUCGAGAGAUUAAUUGAUGAAAAUAAAUGGUAUAAAAUACCGACACACUGGAAACAUAAACACAUAUGCAGUUUAAUGUGAUCCUUUAUUGACAACGUUUUGCCCACACAGUGGGCUUUUUCAAGUCACACACAGACUUGAAAACGCCCACUGUGUGGGCGAAACGUUGUCAAUAAAGGAUCACAUUAAACUGCAUAUGUGUUUGUUUCCAGAUUAAUUGAUCUGUAUAUUUUGACCCCAUUCUGGGAUCCUCAUCUGCUGAAGAGGGUUGAAAUAUACAAACCAAUUCUUCCGAGUUCCUGUGUCCAUGCGAGUUAUUAUUGAACAUAAAAAAUAAUAAUUAUUCUCAAUAACCCACUUUGGGUCUUUGCCAGUGUCGAGAAUUUUUAAGAUUUUUGUUACCGUCUGAGGUCUUGAAAAAUUGUAUCCAUCAACGCCCAAAUAUUAUGGACACGAGUAAAUCCUUAAUCUUGAGAUGGUCUUUCUGUUUUAUAUUUGAUUAUUUCGUGGUUUUUUGCAUGUAUAAAGAUUUACAUCCAACAAAUGUCAAAAUUGAUGAGGUUACUCUAAAUUUGAUUCUCUUUUGAAAGUUGUAGCAUACCUUGGUAACGAAAAUCUAUUGAAAUAUUAGAUAGUUGGUAGCUAGAUUUACCAAUUCUCAACUUUCACCUCUUACACAGUUGUCUAACAGUGCCCACCACUGUAUUGUGGGAUAUGUAAUACCCUGCAGGGGUUUUCAGUCAUUGUCAAGAACUACACUGAAAUCUUCCCAGUGUGAUGAUUAUAAUAUAAUCAAAAAGCAGCGCUAAGCCACAAGGGCUAUACGGCGCUGCAAUGAUUAUAAUAAUCUCGGUGUGAUGCAGUUGUGCUCACACCGUACAACUGAGCAGGCCACCUUGCUUGCAUUAUGUAUGUGCAAUAUUGGUCAACACUGUUGUUCUCUUAAGUUAACCGAGAAUGAUCAAGAC